AUUUCUUACUUUUUUGUUUUUGCAUCAAAACUGUUUUCAUUAAGAUUUGUUGUUUGUCUAGAACCUUUAUCACUAAUUAUUAAGACACUGAAACACUAUUCAAAAAUGUUAAAGAGCCCGUUCUCAUUAUUUUGCAAAAGUUUACAAGAAACCUGUACAUUUAUCUCUCUUAUUUUGAAUGCUUAUCUUAUACUACUAAUCAUCUACAAAUCACCGAAAAAGAUAGGAAACUAUAAAUAUUUGAUGAUCUACAUUUGUGUUUUUGAAAUUCUUUACACCAUUCUUGGUCUUAUAACAAAACCUUAUGUACAUUCAUACACGUCACGUGUCAUCGUCAUUGUCGAUGUCAAAAACUCAGUGUUCAGCAGAUCUGUAAACAAGUUUCUUAACAGCCUGAUUUGUGGGUUUUACGGGUGUUCUGUGUCAAUUUUCGCAAUUCAUUUCAUGUAUCGAUAUGGAGCUCUCGACAGAAAUUACGAAAAGCAUUUCAAGGGAUGGAAAAUGGUACUUCUGUGUUUGAUACCAAUAUUUUACGGUAUCAUUUGGGGGCUCACAAUGCAUUUUAUUUUUGAGGAGGAUAAAGCAUUCACAGAGUUUAUGAGAAAAGAUAUAUGGGAUCUUUUUGAACUUCCUGUUGAGGAUAUUGUAUAUACUGGAUCAUAUUAUUAUCCAGAAGAUAAAUUUGGAGUCAGAGAAAUGAAUUGGAGAGCCGUUGGAGGAAUGGCUGUGCUCUGGUUUGUUAUUGGAUCUUCAACUAUUACUGUAAUAUACUUUGGUCUCAAUUGCUACUUUAAAAUACGGGAAAUAAUGAACUCAACGGCAGGAAACUUUUCAAAAAGCAUUCAGCGUCAGUUGUUCCGAGCUUUAGUAAUACAGGCGGCAAUUCCUCUACUCCUACUCUAUAUACCAUGCUCAAUUGUGUUCAUCUGUCCUUUAAUUCAAGUUGAUCUUGGAAAUAUGAGUGCAUUUAUUAGUGUAUCGGUUGCCGUUUAUCCAGCAAUUGACCCACUACCUACUUUGUUGAUUAUCAAAAAUUAUAGGAGAGCUACCAUUGAAAUUUUCACAAAAACUGUGAGACUUCUUCGUGAAGCACCAUCUUCCACAAUUGCUUUGGUUCAUCGAUCAUCUAAUGGAACUGGAGAGCAUCGGAUUGGAACUUAG